AAAUCUCUUUCCAUUUUUACUCCAAGCUAAGGGCAUGGACUUGGCUACCACACUCUUGUUCUUUGUUCUUCUCAUUUCGUCCACCAAGGCUUUAGAUCCUUGCGGUUCACGGUCAGAUGACUCGGACCUGUCGGUGAUUCCAAUCUACGGCCGAUGCUCACCGUUUAACCCACCCAGACCCGAGUCAUGGGUCAACACAAUCAUCAACAUGGCCUCGAAAGACCCAGCAAGGGUCAAGUACUUGUCCAGCCUUGUGGCCCAGAAGACCACUAAGGUUCCGAUUGCUUCGGGUCAGCAAAUCCUAAGCAUUGGCAACUAUGUUGUUAAGGUCAAGCUUGGCACCCCGGGUCAGACCAUGUUCAUGGUGCUCGACACUAGUAAUGAUGUUGCAUGGGUUCCAUGCUCCGGCUGCACCGGUUGCUCGGCCACCACCUUCUCACCCAAUGCUUCUUCGAGUUAUGGCUCGAUGGAUUGCUACUUGCCCAAAUGCACCCAGGCCCGUGGGCUCUCAUGCCCGGCUACCGGGACAACGGCUUGCUCUUUUAACCAGUCCUACGGCGGAGAUUCUUCUUUCUCUGCCAACUUGGUUCAAGAUUCCUUAACAUUAGCCAAUGAUGUUGUUCCAAAUUUUGCAUUUGGAUGUAUUAAUACCAUCUCUGGUCAGUCGGUCCCUUCCCAAGGGCUAUUGGGUUUGGGCCGGGGACCCAUGUCACUACUCUCACAAUCCGGGGCACUCUACUCGAGUGUAUUUUCGUAUUGUUUACCGAGUUUCAAGUCCUACUACUUUUCGGGUUCACUCAAACUCGGGCCGGUUGGUCAGCCCAAUAAUAUUAAAACCACCCCGUUGUUGAAAAACCCUCACCGACCCUCACUUUACUACGUUAACCUAACCGGAGUUAGUGUAGGCCGAGUUCGGGUCCCUGUUGCCCCAGAAUACCUAGCGUUUAACCCGAAUACCGGGGCAGGGACAAUAAUCGACUCGGGUACGGUUGUAACCCGAUUCGUCCAACCCCUUUAUGAGGCAAUCCGAAAUGAGUUUGUGAAACAAAUGAAAGGCCCAUUUACAACAAUAGGAGUAUUCGAGACAUGCUUCGACGCAUCAGCAGAAGUCGAGGCCCCACCAGUAACGUUACAUUUUCAAGGCUUGUCCAUGAAACUGCCGAUGGAGAACAGCUUCUUGCAUACUAGUGAAGGCUCACGUGCUUGCUUGGCAAUAGCACCGGUUCCAAACAAUGUGAACGCCGCCAUGAAUGUAAUAGCCAAUUUGCAGCAGCAAAACCAUAGGAUUCUAUUUGAUGUCGCAAAUUCUCGCUUGGGAAUUGCUCGUGAAGCUUGCAACUAGUUUCAUUUAUCGUUGCUCUUUGUUUUCUUUUCGUUUAGGCACUAAGUUUCUGGUUUCAUGUAACGGGAAAAAAGAUUGGAUUAGAAGUUUAAUAAACAGGACAAAGAAGCCCUGUUAUUUUGGUGA